AUGGCCCUCCAAUGGUCAGAUCCGGUUGACGCGAAACCAAAGCCAAAGAGAUCACCACCCGUCAUCCCUCCUCCAGCAUACUUGAAGCAUGAUAUUGUAUUCGUCCUCGGCUUAGCAGACAACAGGGCCAACACCAGCUUUAACCUUUGCGAAGUCAUCAAUUUCGGGUACAGGCUUCAACAACGCGAGUACGUCUACUUUUGCAAAACGAUCGAUACUCUCCUCUCUGUCCAAACCAUCAUCGUGUGCAAGGAUGAAUACCUCCGGAAGCCUAAGUUUCAGCCAGGAAUAAAGCUUCGCGUCAGGGAUCUGGAUGACCGUGUGAAUGGGGUGGGAGUCAUCAGUGAUUGGAAAGUGAGCGUCGAAUGUCUUGAGCUUGUGAAUGGCAAAUUCGUGUAUUGGAUCAGAAUUCCAGGGGCUGGGAAGAAGAAGGGCAGUCUCUUACUUGAUGUUGAGGAGGGCAAGCUGGAGAAGAUGGCGGCGGCUGCUACAAAGAGGAGGAAGGCUACUUGA